GGGGGGUAGGGUUGGAGGAAAGUGGGGGGGGGAGGAAUGGGAGGGGGGCGGAGGCGAAGUGACCAAGCAGCCACGGCUGAAGCAGCCACUGCUGUUGCUUAUUCAUAGGUGACUACGUUCCCUUCUCUUUCCCCAUCCUUUGGCUCAUUCCCCGCUCUUCAGCCACUCUCGGAGCCACUGCCAUCCCGGGGCUGCGAUAUGAAGAAGCCUCUCUGGGGUGGGCAGAGGCCGGAGCUGGCUCGCUCUUCCCCCGGGGAAGUGUGAAGAGACUAGCAGGAGCUGGGGGGAGUGAUCCUUGGAGCAAAGGGAGGGCAACCGGAGAUUUCCAGUGGGAUGCACAUGCUUUCAUGCUGGAUCUUUAUUUCUGUGGCUUGGAAUCAACACAGUAGCAGCUACCAUUAUUUUGUGUGCUAACUAGAAAUCAAGGAGAGCCAUGAGGAGAUUUGUUUAUUGCAAGGUGGCUUUAGCCACUUCCCUGAUGUGGGUUCUUGUGGAUGUCUUUUUACUUCAGUACUUUAGUGAAUGUAACAAAUGUGAUGACAAGAAAGAGAGGUAUCUCCUGCCUGCAUUAAGGGCUGUUAUUUCAAGAAACCAAGAAGGGCCAGGAGAGAUGGGGAAAGCAGUACGGAUUCCUAAAGAUGACCAGGAGAAAAUGAAAGAGCUGUUUAAAAUCAACCAAUUCAACCUCAUGGCCAGUGACUUGAUUGCUCUUAACAGAAGUCUCCCAGAUGUAAGAUUAGAAGGAUGCAAGACCAAAGUCUACCCUGAUGAACUUCCAAACACAAGUGUAGUCAUAGUUUUUCAUAAUGAAGCCUGGAGCACUCUGCUUAGAACUGUUUACAGUGUAAUCAAUCGGUCCCCACAUUAUCUUCUCUCUGAAAUUAUUUUGGUUGAUGAUGCCAGUGAAAGAGAUUUUCUCAAGAUGGCAUUAGAGAAUUAUGUGAAAAAUUUGGAAGUCCCAGUGAAAAUUAUUAGGAUGGAACAGCGGUCUGGACUGAUCCGUGCUCGUCUUCGAGGAGCAGCUGCUUCAAAAGGCCAGGUCAUAACUUUUCUAGAUGCACACUGUGAAUGUACAUUAGGCUGGCUAGAGCCCUUGCUGGCAAGAAUAAAAGAAAGCAGAAAAACUGUUGUCUGUCCCAUCAUUGAUUUGAUUAGUGAUGAUAACUUUGAAUAUACAGCUGGUUCAGACAUGACAUAUGGUGGCUUUAACUGGAAACUCAAUUUUCGCUGGUAUCCCGUUCCUCAAAGAGAGAUGGACAGAAGAAAAGGAGACAGAACUUUGCCUGUGAGGACCCCUACUAUGGCUGGCGGCCUAUUUUCAAUUGACAGAAACUACUUUGAAGAGAUAGGAGCUUACGAUGCAGGAAUGGAUAUCUGGGGUGGAGAGAAUCUUGAAAUGUCUUUUAGGAUUUGGCAAUGUGGAGGAUCAUUAGAAAUUGUAACCUGUUCUCAUGUGGGUCAUGUGUUUCGCAAGGCAACCCCAUAUACUUUUCCAGGGGGCACUGGUCAUGUCAUUAACAAGAAUAAUAGGAGAUUAGCAGAAGUAUGGAUGGAUGAAUUUAAGGAUUUCUUCUAUAUCAUAUCCCCAGGUGUUGUCAAAGUGGAUUAUGGAGAUGUAUCGGUCAGAAAAGCACUAAGAGAAAAUUUGAAGUGUAAGCCCUUUUCUUGGUACCUAGAAAACAUUUAUCCAGACUCCCAGAUUCCAAGACGGUAUUACUCACUUGGUGAGAUAAGAAAUGUUGAAACCAACCAGUGUUUAGACAACAUGGGUCGCAAAGACAAUGAAAAAGUGGGCAUGUUCAACUGUCAUGGCAUGGGAGGCAAUCAGGUAUUUUCAUACACUGCUGAAAAGGAAAUUCGUACUGAUGAUUUCUGCUUAGAUGUUUCUAGACUCAGUGGGCCUGUUAUCAUGUUAAAGUGCCACCAUAUGAGAGGAAAUCAGCUCUGGGAAUAUGAUGCUGAGAAGCUUACAUUGAGACAUAUCAAUAGCAACCAAUGUCUUGAUGAGCCUUCAGAAGAUGACAAAAUGGUACCUACCAUGAAGGACUGCAAUGGAAGCCGAUCCCAACAGUGGCUCCUCCGCAAUAUGACCUUGAGUGCCUGAAGUCAAACAAAUCUCACUAUGUUUCCCUAAGACCAAGCAAGGAUUGAUACUUUUGUCUAUAAUUUCAUUCAGGUGAAGAUAUCAUUCACUUGGGGAAAUUAAAAGCUUAAAAGGCCUUUGCUAUGACAAGACAUUGGGUUUUGUGUUUCUUUCCCUUGAUCUGGGAAGAUUUGCUGAAGCCCUUUAUUAAAUUUUUAUAUCUGUUCAAAGGAAGCACAGUUUAGAACUUAUAAAGAUCAUAGAUGAUAUUAUAAAUACCACAGUGAUUUGGGUGAAAAUAUAUAUGUAUACAUAUAAUAUAUAACCCUUUUGAAUUUUAUCUCACAGGGAUUAUUUGAACUUUUUUUAUUUUUUAUUUUUGUUGUUCUUGUGAUGUCACAAAAUAUUGCUUGAAAAGGAACAUACUACAAAAUGCCUUACAAAAGUAAUUUUGUGAAGGAUUAUACUGAUUGUUUUAUAAAUUUCUUCUAUUUCUACUUGUCCUUCAUGGGAACAUGGAGCAACUUAUUUACUGUUUCAUGUUUUGUUUUAUUUUUAAAGACUCAGCAAAGUAUUAAAUUAACAUAACUGAGCAGUAAAUUCACUGAUAUGAUGAAUGGUUCAUGUUCUAACCCCAUCCCCAUAUAAGAAGUUAUAAAAUAUUUAAAUCCUGAAUUCUUUGUUUUAACAAAUAAAAUCUGAACAGCAAAAGCUUUUUAAAAAAUGAAACCAUAAGAUAUGAAAGAGAGGCUGAUGAACCUGAGUCACAAGGAUCACAUCAGGUAAGAGUGAAUUAUUCAGGCUCUGGUUAUACCCAUCACUUCAAAGUCAAGUCAAACCCCCCUAAAAAAUGGUCAGAGUUGAUGCCCAAAAUUUAGCUUUUGAUCACUGACUUUUGUGUCUAAAUGUAGGAACACUAAAGGCAUCUGGUCAUUUUGCUUAAAGCUUCACAUGCUGUGGCCUCCUGGUUGUGCAGUAUAGAAACUCAGCAUGGUAAAUUAGACAUUGAAUUCCAACUGUCGCUUUUGAAUUCUCAAGCAUUGCAAAGUUUCAUAGAGGUCACUGUUCCUUUUAUAAUGUGAUUUUUUUAAUAGAAAAAAAUAGUUGUAUAAAAAUCCCAUUGCUGUGCAAUUCUACCACUGGUAAAUCCAUAGAAACAUCCUAUUUUUAUCAUGUGUUUCUAAAUAUUAUACAUUAAGGAUUCAUGAUUAAUUCCAUUUUUGUGAUGCUCUCUAUAAUGAUACAAGUCAAAUCCCCUCAAUACCUUAGUAAAUUCAAGUCCAUUUAUUUCACUAAGCAGUUAUUUAGCAUCUACACUGUGAGAAUCACAAUCCUAGCUUCUGAGAAUACAAAGACAAAAAUGAAACAUUCCUAUCACACAAAAAAUCCACAUCAUUGGGAAAAAUUGUUUAAUGACAAUACAACAACAAAAA